UCCGCGUUAACAAUUCACCUUCUUUAGCAGGUGCAAUAAGUCAGUUUGAGGCCCAUUACAAAUUAUACAUUCAUGGUGUUUAAUGAAGCAACUUAAGUCAAUGCGUUUCUAAUGGUAAGAUAGCACGUUUUUUUUUUUUGACAGAAUGAUGGCUUUUUGUGUUGUUUUCAACCGCUGGUACUGUUAUUCCGGGCCACGCCUGUGUCGAAAGCACGCAUCCUCAUUUUCCACAUAUCUGAUUUGUACAGCUGUAUGUGACCGCCAUCUUCUGGACAUCUAUUGAACUUACACACGGCUAAAACAGCACACCAUACGGUAGAGGGGGCUAUAACACAAAGCUCUGACUCUGACUCGCACGGUUGUGUCUACCCGGCUACAGCCUAGAAGUGAAAUCCAGCCUGCUUUCAGCAGCGCCAGCUCCUCCGUUAACACGGACCAAAGUUAUCCCGGAAUAAGGACAGCACGCAUGUGCCGUCAACCCGGAUGUAGAUUUGUUUGUACGCGUCUAUUCCCCAUUUCACCAAGUUAUGACACAUUUGCUGUUAAGAAUUAUUAAUAUAUCUUAGCACCGGCUGGACAAAGCUUUACCAUUCAAAACCAGUCCAAAUCGGGUUAACAAGCCGUGACAUGUGUCGACUUGCGUGGGUGAUACCGUUACAUCUGAGCUCCGAAGAGUUGCACUUUUGAAUUACGGUGAGAGAACACCAAAUACGUCCUGUAACUUAAAGGAUGGACUUCCGCAGCAGGAGGCAUGAGCGAGGAAGCAACUGGACAGACCCAGAGAUAGUGGAGCUGCUCCAGCUGUGGUCCGACGAGUCGGUCCAGAUUGAAUUAGAGAGUUCAUUGCGCAAUCAGCGUGUGUUUGACCGCAUAGCACAUAUCCUGCGUGAAAAGGGCAUUUACCGCACCGGCGACCAGUGCAGGGAGAAGAUAAAAAAGAUGAAGCUGGAGUACCGCCGCAUUAAGGACAACCACAAAAUGAGAUCUUGGAAGUUCUAUGACGUGAUGGACAGGGUCCUGGCCAACCGACCAGCUAUUACCUACUCCUCCCUGGGCGGAGCUGUCAUAGCUCAACAGGUGUUUCAGAGCCCCGGUGGCCCUGACACAUACGUGCAAGGACUUUCAGCUGGCUCUUUUGGUCCUACUUCCUCGGGUGGGUUUCUGUUUGGUCAGCCUCCAAAAACCGGAGAUCCACUGGAUAUUAAAUGUGAAGAUGUUGAGGAGAGCAUGCUGAACUCAGGUGUUGCACCCCCUGAGAUGUACUAUGGAUCUGGUGAUGACCAGGAAACUGAUGGGCAGUCCCUACUGGGGCCAGAGGACACUCUGGGUCAAGGAGAGAGCUCAACAAACGCAAGAAUCUCCCCUUCAGGUUUUAGUGACCUGAACAUUGCUGGCUCUGCCACAGCUGCCAGCCAGGCUGUUGGUGGUCCUGUGCCACAGGACACAUCUGAGCGGCCCAGAAAGGAGGGCUCUCACACCCCAACCUCUGUGAGACGGAGGAAGCGUCGCCGUGGUUGCAAAACAUCAUGGGGCCACGGGGGUGCUAGAUGUUGCAGUCUGGAUAAAGCCCUGGCCAGCUUCCUGAGCUGGCAGCAGUCUGCAGAGGAGCGCCUCCUCUCCCUGGAGGAGUCGCGGCUGGAGAGAGAGCUGAAGGCCGAGGAGUGCAGGCAACAGCGGGAGGAGAGGAGGGCGGAACAGGAGCGCCAGCAUGAGCUGCGCCUGUUCAGCAUGCUCACGGGGGCAUUGGUUGCUGUCAGACAGGGUGCUCCUCCCACUGCUGCAACAACACCGACUGACCCCUCCUUCUCACCCGUAGCACACCUGUCAGCUUCACUGAUGACCUCAGCUGUCCCUUCAUCUUUAUCUCAGCCACCAUCAGGAGCUCCCACAGCACAGGCUGCUUCCACUCAGGAGACUAGAAAGUCAACACCGCCUAUCUCUGUCAAGGCCUGCACAAUGUCUCAGAAUGUUUUGGCAACAACGAGAGCUGCAGAAAUUCCCGGCCCUAGCGUGUACCUGUCCAACCGCGGUAACAGCAUCCGACAGCAUCAGGGCAUUCUCCAGGAGGGCUUUGUCCAAUAUGGAAAGGACCGAUACCACGACACAGACAACCCUGAAGGUAUAAUCAACAUGGGUACCAGUGAGAAUAAAUUAUGCUAUGAUCUUCUUCAUAAACGGCUGACCAAGCCUGACAUGCUGCAUGUUGACCCAUCCAUGCUGCAAUAUUCGGACUGGACGGGACACUCAUUCCUGAGAGAGGAGGUUGCAAAGUUCCUCACUCACUACUGCUGUUCUCCAAACCCACUGAAAGCUGACAACGUUGUGGUGAUGAAUGGCUGUAGUUCCUUCUUCUCAUGUAUUGCUGCAGUAAUUUGUGACCCUAAAGAUGCCAUUCUCAUCCCUACUCCUUUCUACGGUGUAAUCACUGAGGACCUAGAUUUGUACAGUGAUGUAAAACUCUUUCAUGUUCCUCUUGACUGUGAGGCCGAUGGCAAAGACAGUCAACCCUUCCACCUCACUGUAGGCAAACUAGAAGAAGGUCUGAAAAGGGCUAAGCAAGAGGGGUUGAUCAUCCGAGCUGUUAUACUGAUGAACCCCCACAACCCUUUGGCUGAGAUCUACACGCGGAAAGAGAUGAUUGCCUUCUUGGAAUUUGCCAAAAGAAAUGAGCUACAUGCCAUUGUAGAUGAAGUGUACAUGCUGACGGUCUUUGAUGAAUCUAUCACCUUUCAUAGUGUCCUCAGUUUAGACAGUUUGCCCGACCCACAGAGGACGCACGUAAUGUGGGGUGUGAGUAAGGACUUUGCAAUGGCAGGAGUCAGAAUAGGCACUCUGUAUACUGAGAACAGAGACCUCGUGGAGGCUUUGGCCCAGCUGGGCUCAUUCCACGGUAUCUCUGGAAUCACCCAGCACCAGGUAGCAAAACUCCUUCAUGACAAAGAGUGGAUCAGCAAGGAAUUUCUGCCUGAGAACAGGUGCCGACUGAAAGCUGCUCACAGUUACCUGACAGGAGAGCUGCGGAAUAUGGGCGUGCCCUACCUGGGCAGGCCUGCUACACUGUACAUCUGGGCGGACUUCAGAAAGUACCUCAGAGAGUCGUCAUUUCAGGAGGAGUUGUCGCUGUGGAAGUGUUUUCUCCGACACAAGGUGGUGUUGAGCUGUGGUCAGGCCUUUUCUUGCACCACACCCGGCUGGUUCCGCAUCGUCUUUGCAGACCAACAGCUCCACCUUCAACUUGGAAUGAAGCGAAUUAAGGAGGCUUUGAAAGGAAUUGAAGAAAAAAGCAGUAGCCCUGACUCACGCUUUAUCAAAGAAGCCAAUAAGGAGUGCAAAAAAUCACUGAAAGAGGACAGUGCAGAUUCAGACAAUGCUGCGAUUGUCAAUUCAACAUCGCCACCCGAGAGCAAGUCAUCCGACCAGCUGAAGGAGAAGGAUAGCCCUGUUCCUGACACAGGCUCACUGGCCACUGAGGAGUUUGUGUUGCUGGACUGCCAAGCAUCAAAGCCCGCAGAGGGUCUGGACUCUCUGAUUGGUACUCUCAGGCACCAGAUCCGCUCGUCUGAUUGGCUGGAGAAGAACACUCCAGAGCUGUCUGCCGGGGAGGACCCAGAGAUUCUUGAUGUAUUCAAGGCCCUGCUGCAAAGAGCCAGACAGUAAGCUUAGGAUAAACAGGCAUGAAUGUAGCUGCCAAAUUUCAAGAGGCAGUACUUCAGUGUCGUUAUGUUUUAUGGUGAAAAGGCUUGACACAAACACCUGACACAAGGUCAAAUCUGAGGCCUGUUUCUAAAUGAAGGGGAAACAUUAGCUGAGGGCAGGAUAAAGAGGAGAGAAGACGAAACAUAAUGCAGUCAAGGCCAGGAUGGAAGAACAGGACAGAGUACUUUUAUCUCUGCAUCUUGAGGCCUUACUUUUUAGCUGAGACGGCCUUGCUUUUUUGUAGUCCAGACUCAAAAGACUCAAUGUUUAUUUACUACUAAAUUCUAAGUGAAUGCCAAAUGUACGUUAACCAAAAUCUGUCACAUUUUAUUCUGAAACAUUUAAAGUCUCUUAAUCUGAAUUGUACAUCUUUAUUAUUUGGUCAUAUGCACUUUAUUUUAUCAGAAUGUAUUGUACCUUCUGUAAAGUUAAUGAUCUGUGAAUAAAGGAAUUCAUUAUUAUGUCUU